ACAUGAUCCUGAGAAGGGCUUGACCAGCCUGCCAUAGGCAUCUUUAGCACAAAAGAGCUUAGGAACCUCCCAUUCUGGAAGAACUAAGAAUAAGGGGAGGUUAUAAUUGGGGGCCACAGGAGUGGCAGAUACUCAAGUUUGGUUAUGAGAGCUGCUUUCGUUAUAUUUUAGGCUGUAAUGGAGACUCUGGAAGUGGGAAGAAAAAAAAAAAACUCAAAACAGUGCAAAGGGCUCGUUUUGAUUUUCCCACGCUCCUAGUGCCAAUUUCUGAAAUUGGUGUCCACAAUCAGUAGAAGCCUAUAUGCUCUGAAUUUACAAAGCCAAGUGGUGGCAGGUCAUUGUAUCUGCAGUCAGGAAGGGGAAACGACUGGAAAUCCGGGUCCCCCAGUUCUUCCCUGCUUCUCCUUUUGUGGCAGCCGCUCCUCACAUUCAAACAGCUUGCAAAGGUUUACAGGGGAGAACCCUAACUUGUACCCUAGACGUCAGUUUCUGGAGUUCAUGCGUUAAUACGAUAAAAAGAACAGCUGAUUCUUAUCCAGCCCUUACUCUGGGCCGGGCCCUGUUAUCGGCAUGAAAUUUCAUGCAGCAACUCGUUUACUCCUCACAACAGCCCACGGGUGUAUAAGAGCAUCACCUGCUUUUUACAGGUGAAAAAACUCAAGGUCCAGCGAGGUUGAAUAACUCACCUAGGUCGCACAGCUCAGAAAGCCCACCGCAAUUCCGGGAUUCUGGUUUUGUUUUCAGGUUGUCCCGGGCUUCUGAGGAGGAGUCAGUGGGCUCAGCAUGGAGAGGAAGGAAGCCGGAAGGAAUUGCGAGGAAGAUGCAGCGAGGCUGGAAAGGUUGGGGAUCCCCCGGUCCUGCACACCUGGUACCUGGGGAUCGGGCAGGGCCAGGGUAGGGGCCGGUGUCCGUGCCCUGGGGGCUCCCCAGCUGAUGAGUGGGCGCCUGAGGGACGAGCGCGGGCUUACCUGCCCGGGCGCUCACCUGGUGGCCGGCUCGGAGGUGGCGGCGGAGACGUACCAAGCCUUCCUGGGUCCCCCUUCCCGCGCCACGCCCUGGGGGGGUGGGCGGGUGGGUGUGGGGCGCCCAGGCAGGACCGGCUGGACCUGUGGGACCCGGGGCCCUGGCUGUCUAGGGAGGCUGUCACCCCGAGGCGACCGGCUCUUCCGGGGCUGGGACGGCUGUAGGCGGCGAGAGGCCUCGGCACCCGCGAACUCAUAAAUACCGGGGUGGCGCUGGUGGCGGGAGAGGCGCGUGCGGGCAGCCGGCGCCCCCGAGGCAUCUGGAUAACCACCCGUCUUGAAGGAGACCUCCCUGCCCUCCUGCCUCUGUCCUCUAGAGCACUGCCUGAUCAUCCUCCGUUCCCCAUCCUCCCAGCCCUUCCUGCUGUACUUGUGGGGAGCUGAUCUCCUCUGCCCCCCUGCUUUUCCCCUGUCUGCCGUCACCACCCCACCACCAUGCACCCCCUUCCUGGCUACUGGUCCUGUUGCUGUCUACUCCUGCUAUUCUCCUUGGGAGUCCAGGGGUCCCUGGGGGCUCCCAGCGCUGCCCCAGAGCAAGUCCAUCUGUCUUACCCAGGUGAGCCAGGCUCCAUGACUGUAACCUGGACCACAUGGGUCCCAACCCGCUCUGAAGUGCAAUUCGGGUUGCAGCCGUCGGGGCCCCUGCCCCUCCGCGCCCAGGGCACCUUCGUCCUCUUUGUGGACGGGGGCAUUCUCCGGCGGAAGCUCUACAUACACCGAGUCACGCUUCGCAAGCUGCUGCCGGGGGUUCAGUAUGUUUAUCGCUGUGGCAGUGCGCAGGGCUGGAGCCGUCGGUUCCGCUUCAGGGCCCUCAAGAAUGGGGCCCACUGGAGUCCCCGUCUGGCUGUGUUUGGGGACCUGGGGGCUGACAACCCGAAGGCCCUCCCGCGGCUGCGCAGGGACACCCAGCAGGGCAUGUAUGACGCCGUUCUCCAUGUGGGAGACUUUGCCUACAACAUGGAUCAGGACAACGCCCGUGUCGGGGAUAGGUUCAUGCGGCUCAUUGAACCCGUGGCUGCCAGCCUGCCGUACAUGACAUGCCCUGGGAAUCACGAAGAACGCUACAACUUCUCUAACUACAAGGCUCGCUUCAGCAUGCCGGGGGAUAAUGAGGGCCUGUGGUACAGCUGGGAUCUGGGUCCCGCCCACAUCAUCUCCUUCUCCACCGAGGUCUAUUUCUUUCUCCAUUAUGGCCGCCACCUGGUACAGAGGCAGUUUCGCUGGCUGGAGAGUGACCUCCAGAAAGCCAAUAAGAACCGGGCAGCCCGGCCGUGGAUCAUCACCAUGGGGCACCGGCCCAUGUACUGCUCCAACGCAGAUCUGGACGACUGCACACGACAUGAAAGCAAGGUCCGCAAAGGCCUCCAAGGCAAGCUGUACGGGUUGGAGGAUCUUUUCUACAAAUAUGGGGUGGAUCUGCAGCUGUGGGCUCAUGAGCACUCGUAUGAACGACUGUGGCCAAUUUACAACUACCAGGUAUUUAAUGGCAGCCGAGAGAUGCCCUACACCAACCCUCGAGGGCCUGUCCACAUCAUCACAGGAUCUGCCGGCUGUGAGGAGCGGCUGACGCCCUUUGCUGUCUUCCCGAGGCCCUGGAGUGCCGUGCGUGUGAAGGAGUACGGGUACACGCGGAUGCACAUCCUCAACGGGACCCACAUCCACAUCCAGCAGGUGUCGGACGACCAGGAUGGGAAGAUCGUAGAUGAUGUCUGGGUGGUGAGACCCCUGUUUGGCCGGAGGACAUACCUCUAGGGACGGUGGCAGCUCUCCUUCAGAAGCCUACAUUUUGCUGCCUUGGCUGCUGUGACCAGAAAUUGCCCAGGCCUGGGUGGGGAGUUGGGUGGGCCCUGACUCCCCUGCCCUCCAGAGGCCCCAUGCAGGCUGCAUGCAGCCCUGUGGAGCUGGGGCAGCUGUUCCCUCCUGCAGAGGUGGGAGUCCUGGCUGGCUGUGGAGGGAGAGCAGGUGUGCGGGCACAGAGUGACACAGGGCAGGUCUCUGCUGGCAGGGCCCCACCCCCCUGCAUAGCUCUGAUCGGGAGAGGUGCCCACAGGGCUUCAGGAAUCAAAAGGCUUAAGCUGUGGCUCCAUGGACUCUGCACAUCUGCCGGGGAUGCCCCUGGGCUUCCUCCUCUCCUGCCCACCCGGCAAGGGCAUCACCAGGGGGGCACAACCAUCAUGACACUAUUCACCAGCAGGUGGCGUCAGGGGCUUUUUCUUCUGAGCCUGGCACUGAGAGUUGGUCUGAAGCCUGGCUCCCGCUUCACUGCUCCAGGACUGCUACGGAGAGUCCCUUCAUGCCUCAGUUUCCCAGCCUGGCACCAUCUUAUCUGGGAAGAGGAGACGUGUUAACACUCUUCUCUCCCAGCUAGGACAGAAGAUGAACCGCAAGAGCCACAGACUUGCCAGUUCCUUCCCUCUUUCCUUCCUUUCUUUCUCUUCUUUUAUUUAUUGAAUCAUAAUUUAUUGAGCAUCUACCAUGUGCCAGGCUCUGUUCUCAGUGCUGGAGAGACAGCUGUGAAUGAGACAGAGAUCUCGGCCCUCACAGAGCUGACAUCCUAACCAGAGAGUUGGACACAAAUCACGAUAAAUGAGUUGGUUAAAUAGCGAUUUGUGAGUAGAAAAUGCAGGGACGGUAAGACAGCAGUUUCAAUUUUCAGGGGGAUCUCACUGAGAGGGCAGCAUUUGAUCUGAAGGAGAUGGGGAAGGAGCAUUCCAGGCAGAGGAACAGCCAGUACAAAGGCCCUGAGACAGAAAUGUGCCUGGCCGGCUGGGUACAGUAACUCACAUCUGUAGUCCCAGCACUUUGGGAGG